CUCUGUGCAAAGGGAAUCUGGCAGCAGUUCAUCAAGUGAGGAAGUUUUUCCCAGUAGCACAGAGCAGAAGCAUAUUAUGAAGGAAGAUGUGGUCAAUCAACGCUAUCUGGAACAGCUUCGCAGACUGAACAAAUAUAACCAACACCAGCUGGAAGCUAUCUAUGACCAGAAAUAUAUUCCAAGAGAGAAUUUGUUCUUCCAUCCACAACUGCAACAAUUUCGCAGAAUGAGUGAAUACAACUCCAUCCAAUUGCCUUUCCAACAAUUCUACCAACUUGAUACCUACCCCUAUGCUGUUUGGUACUACCCUCCACAAUUCAUGCAGCCUAUUGCUUACCAGCCAUUCUACGACAUCACAAAACCCACCGUCUCUGAGAACAUUGAAAAAACUGACAUUGCAUCAGAGUGGUGAAAAAUUAAGUGAAUUCUCAGAAACUCCACAAUUAUGGCUCAUGAUGUGAUUGAAAAUUCCAUGCUGUAAAUUUCUUCUAUCAUGUAAAACCAUCCUAUCCAAAGGCUUCAGCUGUUAUUUUAGUAUAGGACAAUCCCAAAUUGAGGACAAUCUUUCUUCUUCUGUUCUCUGCUUUACAUUAGAUAACACAUCAUUAUUUUCCUUAGGCUAAAUUUUCCUGAUGGUUUACUUGUCUAAAUUCCGGUUGUAUCAUGCCGGUAUGAAGUCCAUUGAAUCAGAGUGUAUUAAAGUCUUUACUAAGUCUCUUAUAUGGAUAUUUUGUAUAAAUAUGCUUCUUCUGUAAGUGCCAUCAUUUCACAUAAUUGUGUGCAGUGACUGAGUUUUUUUUUUCUUUUCAAUAAACUACAUUUUAAG